GUGGCUGGCGGCCGCCCACAGCUGCGCCGCGGAGCCUUAAUGGCUGCAUCCCGCUACCGGCGCGUCCGCCCAUUGCCAUGCUCCCUGCCUGCCGCCGGGGCUGGCUGGGGCCGCAGGGUAGCGCCCCGGAGGGCGGCCUCGCCUUCUUCGUGCUGUGGGCGCUGCAGGAGCCGCCGGUGCGGCUGAGCGGCCAGUCCAGCAAGAUGGGUUUCCAGGCUUGGCUGCCCCUGCCGCUGCCGGAGCAGCUGGUGGUGUUCGGGCUGGGAGACUGGAGCUGUUACUCCCCGGACACGAGCAUCGCGGUGGAUGUGCUGGUGUCCCCAGGCAUCGCCCCGCAGCGGGUUGGCACGCUGCAGCCCACCCGCAGGUCUCUGGUGUGGGAAGGUGACUGGAGAACGGAUAUUUUUAUGGCCUCGUUGGAAGAGAUGGACAAAGGCAACUCUGUGAAGCUUGUCCUGACUGUCAAUGGACAGUUGCUCCGAGGUGUUUCCAGCAGUACACCUGUCCACCCCUUCCUUGUCCCAGAGACCACACAGUCUCCAGUGCUUCCAGCAGACGAGAAGCCCUUUGGCCAGGACCUGGAGGAUCCUACUGCAGUUAUGAGUCAGAGCUCAGAGGUAACUGCUAGAGCAUCCAGGCCUGGGAGGAAGGAUGCUUGCCCACCGCUGAGGACCCUGGCGGUACCCUGUGCCCUGAAGCCACCAUCUGGCAAAGUGGAAGCCAGUGAGGCCUGGAGGAAAAGUCCUGCCCACCUCAAGAAGCCCAGGAAAGUUUUAUUUAAACCCACAGCAUCUGAGAGAGAUCUUGAUGAAGAAGAUCUGUCAGUGAAGGAGUUGCAAGGCAGUCCCAGCCCACGGUGGUGCCAUGCCAUGUGCCUCAGUGACCUGGGGACAGCUGUUCUCAUUGGUGGAGAAGGUGUUGAUCAGCAGCCCUGCAAGGAUGCACUCUGGAAGAUGGAAAUUGACAGUGAUUUCUGGCUUCCAGUGGGUUUCCAGCUACAGAAUGCCAUGCCAUUGUGCUUGCAUGGACACACAGCUACCUAUGACCCAGAGACCAAGCGUAUCUACAUCUUCGGGGGCAUAAGGGAGGGCAAAACCAACCGCAGCAUCUACAUUCUGGACACAGUCACUUGGAAAUGGCUCCUUGUUGCUGCUAAAGGGAGGAUGCCAGUGCUCACUUACCACAGUGCAACUAUCUACUGCAAGGAGCUCUUUGUUUUUGGAGGGACUUCCCCCCAAAAGGCAUCGAUGGCGGUUGGACCCUGCAGCAAUGUGCUCUAUAUCUUCAAUCCAGAGCAUGAAAUUUGGUAUCAGCCCAUCUCGGAAGGGGAGAAGCCUCUGCCUAGGCUUGGGCAUUCAGCUACUCUACUGAAGAACAAACUACUGAUUUUUGGGGGCCGGAGGGCUUCUCUCUACCUCAGUGACAUGCACAUCCUAGAUCUGGGUUUCAUGGAGUACACACCAGUCCCUCUCCUCACAGGACAGCCUUCUGCACGUUGUUUUCAUGCAGCUCUGGCUGUGUCCAGCCAGAAGGUUCUCAUCAGUGGAGGCUGCAAUGCCACAGGAGCCCUGCAGGAUGCCUUUGUCUUCCACCUAGGUUUUGGAGCUGGAAUUCCCAGGAUGCUUCCAGCUCUGAAGGUAACUCAGAUUUUAUUUGGGAUGAGUGCAAUGGGAUUUACACCUGCUGCUUGGAAAAGUCCUCACAGUGAGGUAAAAGCAUGAUUCUGGUUUGGAGGAAAUCUGGGAUAGAAUUCCCUUGGGCAAUAGCCUGCAAGUGUUAGGAAAACACCUAAUGCAGUGUCUGAGAAUGGUAAAAGGAAGAGAAGGCUAUCAUUUUCAGUGUAUGGGAGAGAGCUGGUUGUGUCUUGCCAGCUGUGGCACAACCACCUAGCUUUGCUCUAGAGAGACCUUUUAUUAAAAAUUCCACAAGACUGCUGCUACACAUAAGCGGUACAAACCAAUUGUCCUUGGUAGUAAUUUACUUGUCAUUGCAAGGGGUGGCAGAGUUGCCGACUGUUUGCUCUUGCAAGACCCGUGAGACCCAACAAGGGUUAGGGUUAAGCUGUCUCCUGUUGGAGACUAGCUCUAUUUAUAUCCAUUAUAUCCACUGCUGAUUAUGCCACAGCUCUGCAGCAGCUGCAGUGACAAGCAGGCCUACUAGAUUAGCAGCACACUGUUACACUGCUUCCCUGAUGCGCUUUCUGUAGACAGUAAAGAAGUCCCAUGGGGAG